UACACAUUCGUCUCUCUCUCUCUCUAAGAAAAUGGAGAUUUAAGAAAAGGAAACAACAAAACUAAGUGGAUGAAAAUUGGAAUUUAAUUGCAUGAGAGUUUGUAACGUAAAAAGAAAGAAAAGAAAAAUACACCUUUACCUGGAUUGUCCGGCAAAAAAAUGAGAUCCCAAAUAAGACUUACUUGCAUAAUUCUCAUCGCCUUACAGAUAACAGCAGAAAGUUCAACCUCCUUUAUGGCAAAUCAGAUGGCAAACGAUCAAUCAACAGACGAAAGCUCAGGUCUCUCAUCAGGUGUAACACUGACAUCAGAUGUAAGAGCAGACACGCCAUCAACAGAAGAAAUAACACUUCUUUCAACAGAAUAUUCAAAUAAUUCCAUGACAUCAAGUAUGACAACCGCCGCUCCAUCAACAAACAACUCCACACAUCCCUCAACACAACAUUCAAAUAAUUCCAUGACAUCAAAUGUGACAACCGCUGCUCCAUCAACAAACAACUCCACACAUCCCUCAACACAACAUUCAAAUAAUUCCAUGACAUCAAAUGUAACAACCACCGCUCCAUCAACAAACAACGCCACACAUCCCUCAACACAACAUUCAAAUAAUUCCAUGACAUCAAAUGUAACGACCGCUGCUCCAUCAACAAACAACUCCACACCUCUCUCAACACAACAUUCAAAUAAUUCCAUGACAUCAAAUAUGACAACCGCCGCUCCAUCAACAAACAACGCCACACAUCCCUCAACACAACAUUCAAAUAAUUCCAUGACAUCAAAUGUAACGACCGCUGCUCCAUCAACAAACAACUCCACACCUCUCUCAACACAACAUUCAAAUAAUUCCAUGACAUCAAAUAUGACAACCGCCGCUCCAUCAACAAACAACUCCACACAUCCCUCAACACAACAUUCAAAUAAUUCCAUGACAUCAAAUGUAACAACCGCCGCUCCAUCAACAAACAACUCCACACAUCCCUCAGCACAACAUUCAAAUAAUUCCAUGACAUCAAAUAUGACAACCGCCGCUCCAUCAACAUACAACUCCACACAUUCCUCAACACAAUAUUCAAACAAUUCCAUGACAUUAAAUGUGACAUUCGCUGCUCCAUCAACAAACAACUCCACACAUCCCUCAGCACAACAUUCAAAUAAUUCCAUGACAUCAAAUGUAACAACCACUGCUCCAACAACAAACUCCACACAUCCCUCAACACAACAUUCAAAUAAUUCUAUGACAUCAAAUGUAACAACCGCUGCUCCAUCAACAAACAACUCCAUACAUCCCUCAACACAACAUUCAAAUAAUUCCAUGACAUCAAAUGUAACAACUGCUGCUCCAUCAACAAACAACUCCACACCUCCCUCAACACAACAUUCAAAUAAUUCCAUGACAUCAAAUAUGACAACCGCCGCUCCAUCAACAAACAACUCCACACAUCCCUCAACACAACAUUCAAACAAUUCCAUGACAUCAAAUGUGACAACCGCUGCUCCAUCAACAAACAACUCCACACAUCCCUCAGCACAAUAUUCAAAUAAUUCCAUGACAUCAAAUGUAACAACCGCUGCUCCAUCAACAAACAACUCCACACCUCCCUCAACACAACAUUCAAAUAAUUCCAUGAUAUCAAAUGUAACAACCACUGGUCCAUCAACAAACAACUCCACGCAUCCCUCAACACAACAUUCAAACAAUUCCAUGACAUCAAGUAUGACAACCGCCCCUCCAUCAACAAACAACUCCACACAUCCCCCAACACAACAUUCAAACAAUUCCAUGACAUCAAAUGUGACAACCGCUGCUCCAUCAACAAACAACUCCACACAUCCCUCAACACAACAUUCAAACAAUUCCAUGACAUCAAAUAUGACAGCCGCCGCUCCAUCAACAAACAACUCCACACAUCCCUCAACACAACAUUCAAAUAAUUCCAUGACAUCAAAUGUAACGACCGCCGCUCCAUCAACAAACAACUCCAUACAUCCCUCAACACAACAUUCAAACAAUUCCAUGACAUCAAAUAUGACAACCGCUGCUCCAUCAACAAACAACUCCACACCUCUCUCAACACAACAUUCAAAUAAUUCCAUGAUAUCAAAUAUGACAACCGCCGCUCCAUCAACAAACAACUCCACACAUCCCUCAACACAACAUUCAAAUAAUUCCAUUACAUCAAAUGUAACAACCGCCGCUCCAUCAACAAACAACUCCACACAUCCCUCAACACAACAUUCAAACAAUUCCAUGACAUCAAAUGUGACAACCGCUGCUCCAUCAACAAACAACUCCACACAUCCCUCAACACAAUAUUCAAAUAAUUCCAUGACAUCAAAUGUAACAUCCACUGCUCCAUCAACAAACAACUCCACACAUCCCUCAACACAACAUUCAAAUAAUUCCAUGACAUCAAAUAUGACAACCGCCGCUCCAUCAACAAACAACUCCACACAUCCCUCAACACAAUAUUCAAAUAAUUCCAUGACAUCAAAUGUGACAACCGUUGCUCCAUCAACAUACAACUCCACACCUCCCUCAACACAAUAUUCAAAUAAUUCCAUGACAUCAAAUGUAAGAACCACUGCUCAAUCAACAAACAACUCCACACCUCCCUCAACACAAUAUUCAAAUAAUUCCAUGACAUCAAAUGUAACAACUGCUGCUCCAUCAACAAACAACUCCACACAUCCCUCAACACAAUAUUCAAACAAUUCCAUGACAUCAAAUGUAGCAACCGCUGCUCCAUCAACAAACAACUCCACACAUCCCUCAACACAACAUUCAAAUAAUUCCAUGACAUCAAAUAUGACAACCGCUGCUCCAUCAACAAACAACUCCACACCUCCCUCAACACAAUAUUCAAAUAAUUCCAUGACAUCAAAUGAUAUAACCGCUGCUCCAUCAACAAACAACUCCACACCUCCCUCAACACAAUAUUCAAAUAAUUUCAUGACAUUAAAUGUAACAACCGCUGCUCCAUCAACAAACAAGCCCACACCUCCCUCAACACACAAUUCAAAUGAUUCCAUGUCAUCAGGUGUAACAACCGAUGUUCCAUCAACAGACAAGUCACACCACCCUCAACACCAUAUUCAACAUUCUCUAUUUCAUCAAACGUAACAAGAAUCACCCCUUCGACAGAGAAUAGUAUGCUUCCCUCAUCGCAAUAUUCAAGCUCCUCCAUGUAUAGCGAUGUAACAACUGACGCUCUAUCAACAAAGAAGUUGUUACAUACCACGACAGCAAGUUUUGCAACAUCAC